AUGGUCAUGAUGGUGUGUCGUUUUCAGCAUCAGGGUCAUACCGUCAACACACGAGAGUACUGGGCAAGCAGUAGGAUCCCAGACAAUGUGCGGGAUUGGAUUAAAGAACGCGUUAGUGAAGGACGCGAUCAGAAGGAGAUUGUGCAAAUGAUCCACGAACAUCAAAAGAAUGCAGCCAACAUACCCCCCACAAGCCCCGCAUUUAUCCCUCCAGGUGUGCAAAUCACUCGAAUGGAUGUGUACAAUAUCAUAAAGCGCCACAAGAACCUUCAAGCCCACGAGCAUGAGUCGUCCACCCAGAAAUUAAAUGCAACAUCCGAUUCGGCGCAACCUAAUGAUGCUGACACGUCACACUUGCCUUUAACUACAUUAGAGGCUCCGGAUUCGUCUUCAGUCUCAACGCCCACACCAUUGGCUAUCACUACUGACACCCGCAGAGCCGUUGAUACAAGCGAAAUCGAUCAUGCGGCUGCUGCUCCAUACCCUAUUUUGUCAACAGCUACGCAACUCUCCCCUGCGACGCCCGAGGAAGCUGUGAGCUUUGCUCAGCAGUGGAGUGACUUACUCACUGAACUUCAAGCACUCCAACCACAAAUGAUGGAGUAUGCUCUUACGGCCGGCACAACGCGGCAACCCAACACCACGGCUGCUUGGUCACAUGCCAUCGCACAGCUCACACAGGCUUGGUAUGUCGCGUGUAAUUUGCUUGAUCGGCCUGUUUUGCCAUCACAACCGCCGCCGCCACCACCUCCAUAG